CCAGAGAGCUGGUAGCAGUGCUGAAAUCAGACGGGACGGCAGGGGACCUGGAGGAGGGGGAGGCAGACCCUGUUGAGCACCUCUCCUCCCAGACCCAGAAGGUUGUGACGUUCCAUAUGAGGGAGCACGGGGAGGCCCUGGUGCAAGAAGCCUUUGAACCCAGGGCAAUGGAGGGGGGUACUGAGAUCACCCAGAUCAACAUCACCUCGUACCCAGGCGGGGAGCUGAGUGUGGUGGAGCAGCCGGGAGAGGAGAUCCACAGCACUGCCACCGUGUACAGCAGUGGAGAUGCCAGCCCAGAGGGCUCUCAUUCUGUGGUGGUCAGCAGUGGUGCUUUGACUGGUACCCUGAAGGAACACAAGGGCAAGUACUACCUGACAUCCAGCCUCGGUGGAGGGACUGUCCAGCAAAUUGAGCUCAGCAGUGAGCCCCCUGCCUCCCCCCCUUCCACUUCCUCCAGUCAGCAGCUCAACUCCAAGAAGUUCUCCUGCAAGAUCUGCAUGGCCUCCUUCCAUGGCAGGGCGGAGAUGGAGAGCCACAAGAGGGCGCAUGUGGGUCCCCACAUGUUCAAGUGCCCAGACUGUAGCUAUGCUGCUUCCUCCUGGCCAGAUGUGCGGAAUCAUAUGACCCAGCACGCUGACCUCCGACCCCAUAAGUGUGGCCACUGCAGCUUCGCAUCCAAGAACAAGAAGGACCUCCGACGCCACAUGAUGACUCACACCAACGAGAAGCCCUUUGCCUGUGAGAUCUGUGGGCAGAGGUUUAACCGGAACGGACACCUCAAGUUCCACAUGGAGCGGCUGCACAGCUACGAGCCGCCCGCCCGCAAGGCCCGGCUCGGGGGAGCCCAGCAAGCUGUCAUUCUGAACAGUGACGACGAGACGCUGGCCACGCUGCAGACUGCUCUGCAGACUGGCCAGACAGUGAUCACUCCAGAAAGGCUGCAACAGGCUCUGGGGCAGGACCACAUCAUCGUAGCCCAGGAGCAGGCUCUGUCAGACCAGGAGGAAACCACGUACAUCCAGCAGAUAACAACUGUGGAUGGGCAGACAGUGCAGCACCUGGUGACCGCUGAGAACCAGGUCCAGUAUAUCAUAUCACAGGAUGGGAUCCAGCACAUUAUCCCUCAGGAAUACGUGGUGGUGUCGGAAGGAAACCACAUUCAGGUGCAAGAUGGACAGAUCGCUCACAUUCAGUACGAACAAGACGGGCAGUUCCUACAGGAGCAGCAGAUCGCGUUGAGCCAUGACGGGCAGAUCCAGUACGUACCCAUCAGUUCGGGGGAACAGAUCGUCAGCCAUGAGGAUCUAGAGGCUGCAGCACAUUCCACUGUUACCGCAGUGGCCGAUGAAGCCAUGGCCCAGACUCAGACAGUGUAUGCUACCGAAGCCACGCCCGAGCAGCUGGAGCAGAUGCAACAGCAGGGGAUCCAGUAUGACGUCAUCACUAUCACGGAAGAGUAGGGGGAAACCGCACUGAACUGCACUGUGGGACAUUGUUGGGUUUUAAAUGUCCAUCACAAUCCGGAAAAUUACAGAUUUGCUUUCUCCGUACCAUUAAAGCCUGGCAACCCUGGUUCCAGCUUUCACAUUUUCUACACCCAACUGUAGAGACUAGCGACCAGUCAAUCCUGGUCAAAACCACGGCGCAUUUCACUGUACACUGACAUUUUGCAAUACUACUUUCAAAAGCACGUAAAAUAUCUAGUCGGGCCCUAAUUAUAAUCUACCAAUCUGGUGCAAGUAUAUAAAUAAAAAUGUGACCCAAGAGGAGAUAAAUAUUCUGAGACCCAGACGUGACGUCUAUGUUGAACAGACUUCCUCUUGCGUUCGUUGAUAAUGAAUGCUUCCCAUGUCUCUUGGAGUGACGUGUUCUGUAUUUAUCCUGCAGUUUGCAGGGCCCAUGUGGAAAUCCCCUCCAUCUUCUGCAGUAAACGUUAAACCAAGACAAGUAAUUGCAGUUGCAGCGUCCACACCCUAACGAUGCAGCGACUCGUUGUGUUUGGGAUGCUGCUGCACCAGGUAAUACAGUGAGUAGUGUUUGAUCCAGGACUUCCUUACAGACAGGCUGGGAUACCUUAUUUCUGGGUCUACUGGAAGUCUCUAUUUACAGUAGCGGGAUGCAGCAGCCAGUGUUUUGGCACACCUGAGGUUUCAGAUGUGAAAAGUCAAGUCAUGGGUCAUUCAGUUAGUGUGCCUGCCUGUAAAUUCUGCUGCACUUGUUUUAAAAGCAGAGAGGUGUGUGGAUUCUGGAGACUGUAGAAUCUAAAACAAUCUACUGCACUGUGUAUAUAUAUAUAUAACAUUUAAAACUAUGAAUCAUUGAAAUUGCCUGUGUUCGUCCCAUGUUGGAAGAAGCUAAUUGGCUAUUCCGUGUGUAAACUGCGCCUCUUUGAAAUUCUUGCACAUUAAUGGACAUAGGUGGUCUCCCGUCUAUAAAAUGGGAAACGUAGUCUUAAAGGUACUAUACGUGGAGAUAUGUGAGGAGAUGGACAAUCAGAUGUAUUUUUUCUCUUUGUUUUUUGGCAGUGGAGGGGUUUCAUGAUAACGUUCCACUAUACUGCUCAAUGCUUAUUUCACAUUAAACACUUUUUCUUUGCUCUUUCUAGUUUAUUUGCUGUUGUUGCUUUCAUCCGUAAGCCGCCUUAUUUUGUUUUUGGAGCAUGCAUCCCACAGUGGGGAUGCUGCCUUGGGGUAAUAGCUGUUCUUUAUAACCUCAGUAUGGGGGAACAGGAAGAAUUGCAUGUGUGCUCAAAGAAUGAGGCUGUCCUGUGUAAAUACACUUCAUUAUAGUUUGAAUUAGGGUUAGUAGGAGCACAGAGCCAGCUUUUAAUAAAUCCCUAAUGCUGAUA